GUCACAACUCCACUGCUUUCUAUGAUGUGGGAGAAACCAAAGCGGAAGUGAGGAACUCAAGAGGAGCGAGGGGAAACUUUUUUUUAAGGGGGGGUUAGAAGAAGUUGGAGACGGUUGAAUCACAUCGGAGCCGAGCGGGAUGAGAAGUCAGAUCUCUAGUAACCUCAGAGUUUGAAGAGUGUGUGUGUGCGUGUGUGUGUGACUGUGUGUGUGUGUGUGUGUGCGCGCGUGCGUUAGGAUGGGACUCCCCACUCUGGAGUUCAGUGACUCCUUCGUGGACAGUCCGGACUUCAGGGAGCGACUCAAGUGUCAUGAGAUCGAGCUGGAGCGAACCAACAAGUUCAUCAAGGACCUGAUCAAGGAUGGAAACAUGCUCAUCACCGCGCUCAAGAAUCUUUCUGUUGCCGUCCAGAAGUUCUCCCAGUCCCUGCAGGAGUUCCAGUUCGAGUGCAUUGGUGAUGCGGAGACAGACGACGAGGUGAACAUCGCACAGUCAUUCAAAGAGUUCUCGCAGCUGCUGAACACUGUUGAAGAAGAAAGACGACGCCUGAUUCAGAAUGCAGAUGAUGUUUUGAUUACGCCGCUGGAAAAAUUCCGGAAGGAGCAAAUUGGCGCAGCGAAGAUUUACAACCUGCCGGCCAUUCUGAGCAAACGAGAAGAGACGUUUCUUAACGAGGCGGGAUUUAACUUUGUGCGGAGAUGCAUUGACCUGGUGGAGACGAGAGGCAUAAACACACUGGGGCUGUACAGAAUCGGAGGGGUCAACUCCAAAGUCCAGAGGCUGAUGACUACAGUCUUUUCCUCCAAGGCACCUGCGGAUAUGGACCUGGACCCGGAGACGUGGGACAACAAAACCAUCACCAGCGGCCUGAAGAAUUACCUCAGGUGUCUCUCCGAGCCUCUGAUGACCUUCAGGCUCCACAAGGACUUCCUCCUGGCUGUCAAGUCAGACGAUCAGAACUACCGGGUGUGUGCCGUCCACGCCUUGGUGCACAAGCUGCCCGAGAGGAACAAAGAGAUGCUGGAGCUGCUGUUGAAACAUCUCGUCACCGUUUCCACACAAAACCAGUGCAACCUGAUGACAGUGUCCAACCUGGGGGUCAUCUUCGGCCCCACCCUGAUGCGCUCACAGGAGGAGACUGUGGCCGCCAUGAUGAACAUCAAGUUCCAGAACAUCGUGGUGGAAAUACUCAUCGAGAACUUCAACAAAAUCUUCCACCAGCCUCCGGACCCCAACGUGCCCCUGCCCCAGCCACAGAGCCGGCCGGGCUCUCGCCGGAGCCGGGCCAUCUGCCUGACGACGGGGCCCCGGAAGCCCCGCAGCCUCUACACCCCGACACUCUGUCUGGCAGACGCAGAAAGUGACACUGUGAGCAGCAGUCCGGGCAGCACCCCCAUGGGCAGCAUGGAGUCCCUGUCCUCCCACUCCUCUGAGCAGAACGCCUCCUCCAAAACCGCCUCCUCCGCCCAGGUGAAGGAGAAGUCGCAGCCGGACCUCCGCCGGACGCCGUCCACGCUCUCCAUCGGCCCCAGGAGCGCGGCGGGGGUCAGCAGCCCCGAGUCCAGCUCCAGGGAGGACGCGGGCCGCACGGACGGGGAGUCGGAGGACGCCCUCAGCCUGUCCUCGGUCAGCACCGCGCCCUGGCUGUCUCCUGCGCCCAAAAAGGCCCCACACGUCCGCACCGACCUCCGGCCGCCGCUGCUGCCGAGCCGCUCACCUGCUCCCUCCCUGAAGUCACUGCAUAUAUCUGAAGGCCUCAGGAGCUGCUCCGGAUCCGUCCAGAGUCUGUCAGCGCCGGAGCCCAGGGAGAGCCUGAAGCCGGGGGGGCACCCGGACCUGCCACCCAAACAAGUCCUCCGCCGCCGGCUGGACACCUCCGUGGGCAACGGGUACCAGCGACCUGGCUCAGUGGUUGCUGCCAGAGCACUGCUGUUUGAAAACAUCCCGUCCCAGUCAGUUCCAGUCGGAAGAGAUGCCAAGGCGAUGUACUCCUGUGAGGCAGAGCACAGCCACGAGCUCAGCUUCCCCCAGGGGGCGCACUUCACAAACGUUUAUCCCUCUGUUGAACCAGGCUGGCUCCAAGCAACAUACGAGGGAAGAACCGGUUUAAUCCCCGAGAAUUAUGUCGUCUUCCUCUAACAGGUGGUGAACGCUGCAUCUCUUUCCUGGUAUCCAUGGAAGAAAAAAAAAAGAAAUACAAGAUGUGGUUGUUUGCUGCUCAUUGUCGUGUUGUGUUGCCAAUUAUCACUGGCAACCAACAUUUCUGCAUUUUCUGUAUUCUUCAAGUAGAGCAGUAAUUGUUUUAACAUGUGUGUGUGUGUGUGUGUGUCUUUGUGGUGUUUCAGUUUGAGGACAGGAUGUUUUUGGAUUUCACAUUUAGAUUUUGUAACUCUUGCACUCAAACACAGCUGCUUGCGCUCAAAUUGGGAUAUUUUAGAGUUAGGUAAAGAUAAUUGCUCGUCCCCUCGUGCUCGCGCUGCUUCUCAAACAUCUUCUUUGUGCAACAUAUCCGUCAAAAGUUCUCCCAACCAAUAGAACUCAAGGUGCAGUUGCCCCGCUGGUAUUGUUUGCAAAAAACACACAGACGGUAACAAGAAGCAGCACGGCGUCUAUUGUGUUCUCAUAGCUGCUGUCAACAGUGUUCCCGUCACUAGUUAGUGAUCGGGAACACUGUGUGCAUGAAUCCGGUUACAGUAACCACCCGAACGCACAAGAGUCUAACAGAAGUAAAGAUAAAACACCCACAACGAGGGCGGGGGGGGAUUUUGUUCUUUCCAAGAGCUGAAGCUGAAGCUGAAGCGCAGGAAAUCUGCCCCAGCAAGAAAAUAUCUGUGCAUUUGAGCACAAGCGGGGGCUGUUCGAGUGCAAGAGCAGUGUUUUGAUUUGAAAUCAUUGCAAAAUCUGACCUUGACAUCGGUGAGUUGGGCUCUCGAACUGAAACACAACUUUGUAUUAACGGUCCUCAAAGUUCAAAGUUCAAAGUGUACCUCCAUUUUCUAUAACGAAAAAAAAUAAGUACGACAUUUUUGAUGGAUGUAAAUGUUUGUAUAUGAAAUGACCCGUCGACUGCACUGAUGUUUUUUAACCUUUAAAUAUUCACAAAAACAAUCACAACAUCAAUUUCACAAGUUUUAUUCUCAGAAAUAUGUAAUAAUAAUAUAUCUUCAAACUUCCCAGUAAUAUCAACAGAAAGUUUCAGCAAGUGCUUUCAUGAAAAUCUGCACAGGCUCAUAAACAUUUGUCUGUAUUAGCUGUAAUUCAACAAACUGUGAUUUUUUUAAAGUAAGGAUAUUAAUCUAGUCUAUGAGUAAAAGCGAUAAUGGGGGGAGGGGGGGGGGUUGCACCUUAACUCUCUUGUUUAUGGCCUGUGAUGGAUGUUGGACCACUGAACCUGCUCACUGCUGCCGUGCACUUUCUGGUUAGCUACACAGCACUGUACUGUACAUUGAAGCUCAUACAUUAACCUGUAGUCGCUAAUCAAAACGAUAUUUACCUUCUGUAGCUGUUUAUUCAUAUAAAUGAUCACGUCAAAUAUAAAAAAAAAGUGUUUUUAUAACGUCACGAAUGCUUCGUUCAUGAGGUGGAACCUUCAGCUCUGAUGCUUGUUGUGGUACUUUAUACUCGCUGGUACACUGGUGUACUGGCAAUGACAAUGUAUUCGAUUGUCUUGUGUUAAAGAUGCCAUUCCAUAUUUAAUAUUUCUGCCACUGUCGAAACAUUUCCAGAGUAGAAAGUUAUCGAAAAAGUUAAAAAUAACAACAAUAAAUCCUUUUUCUUCUUCAUUUACAAACUAUUGCUCCAAAAAUAAACUUCCUCUGACGGCCAUAAAUGUAUUUCUGAAGGUAUUUGACAAAAUCUCACACUUGCCAAGAUCCCGGUGUUCUUUUCCAUUUGCACCUUUUAAGAAAGCAAAGUGACCUUGAAGGGUCAUGAGGGAGCGACACUCCCCGACCGUCUGAGAUCAGAUGACGAACAUGACGUCAGUUUCCUGAAUGUGUAAUCACCUGGCAUCAUUGUUUUUAUUUCUUUUCUAUACUGGCAGGCUUGUUCCCCUUGGAAUCAUCCACUGUGUCUUCACGGUGGAUGAACAUGUCUAUAAAUAAAUAGCGUGAUUCAUUA